GGGCCUUGUGGUUCCAGCAGCAGCACACACAGGUUCUCUCUUCACAAGGCUGUCAGCCCUCCUGCCCUCAGUCCGUCGUGAGCUUCGCCGCUGCUUACCGACCCCACAGCGACCCUCCUGCCAACCCCCACAGACCGAAUAGCCGCACCUGAGGGACGGUCCCUGUCACAGAGAAGCAUGGACGGCCGCAAGCUCCAGCACUUCGUGUGCUUUGCUGUCACUAUGGGAUUGGUAGCGUGUGCCAGCGGUAAUCUCAACUCAAGCCCAGAUGCGAAUUCACCUGACACCGUUCUUCAAAAUGGGGCAGAGUCAACCAUGGAACCUCAAGUCAACUCCACAGUCAACUCCACCACCACAGAAUUAGACACAGUCAACUCCACAGUCAACUCCACCACCACAGAAUUAGACACAGUCAACUCCACAGUCAACUCCACCACCACAGAAUUAGACACAACCUCUAGCUUCAAGUCUUCCGGACCGGCCCCAAGCAAUGCCGUAACCCCCUCCAACUGCCCGAAUGUAAAGCACGAAUGCAAGAGCUGCACUACAGCAGAGCAGCCUGUCCCCACACAUCAGAAGGCCCUCUUCCUGAUCAUCGCGGGCGCGCUGCUCUUCACCUGCGUCGUGCUGCUGGUCACCGUCACGGCGCUGGCCUGCGAGGUCAGCCACCUGAGGGGCCGGCUGAGGGGCAGCCGCCCGGCCCAGAGCAACGGCGCGGGCCUCUGGGCCGGCGGCCGAGCGGGCGGAGACGUGGCGGGCGUGGGCGUGGCCGAGACCAGCGUGAUGCUGGAGGAGGUCACCCCGGUCCAAAACAAGGAGGAGGCCGACCGCGGACCGACCGCGGCUGCGGCGGCGGGAACGGAACCGGAACCGGAACCGGAACCAGAACCGGCCCCAGCCGCGGACCCAGACCCCGUGGAGAGCCCGAAAAUGCCCACUGCAGACAAGGCCUAGAUCAUAUGGGGGGGUUGUAAGGGGGGCAGUGCCGGGCCUCCAGGAAGGAUGAGCGGCACAGCCAGGCCUGGUCUGUAGCUCGCGUGCAGUACGGAUAUUAAACACGGGGCCCGGGAGAGGGGCCUUCCGUCCCCCACAACGAGCACUCAUCUCUGCUGGACUGCUUGCUUCUUUUCUCAUUUGCUCUUGAACUCUUUCGCUUUCUCUCAGCACCAGCAGGAUAUGACUAACAAGCAUCGGACUGUCACCGUACAAAUCAAUAUGUCCUCUUGCAUAGAGGAAUGUAUGGGAUGUCCUUGUGUGCAGUGCUCUCAUCCAGCUAGCCCUUUUGAUCAAAAUAAAGUAUUAUAGUACCACCGCACUAGAUACAGAGAAUGAUAUAUAUUUUUUUAGAUUGCAAUUUAACUAAUUUUGUGCUUUUAUUCUGAUGCAGUAAAUACAAGAGCUUGGUCGUUUCAUGUACACUGUAGUCCUGAGGUAGCCUUGGCUAAAGGAUGAAGCUGCUUUUCACAAGAGACACCACCUUCAGCCAGUGGUUAAGCAAGAGGCUAUUAGCAACAAAAAUAAUUUGCAUUGUCCAAUAAAAAAAGAAUACAUAAUUCAGUUGCUGUGGAUUCAAGUGAAACAGGGUCAAAACUUGUGACUAAAUGAAGUUUCAUGUCUGAGUUUGCCAAAUUAAAUGACUCACUCUUAUUGUGGAGGGACAUUUAAUCAUAAUGCAACGGCAAAAACAUUACCAAGUGAUCUCCUGCAAAUCUGCUUGUCAUUUUUCCAUAAUGUGUUAAAAAACAUAUUUGAUAUGUGAAUAAACUUUCUAAUGUAAAAACACUG